AGUCCUCCCUAAACGUCUGCGUUUGGCAGCUUCAUCUUCACUCUUCACUCUUCACAGAGAGAGAGAGGGAGAAACAAAGAGAGAAGAAUUGAAGCCCAGAAGUCGUCCCACACUGCUAUUCUCCACACAGGGUGUGGGUAUUGAGAACAUCAGAAUUUCAACUCGUGUGAUUCAGAGGGGGGAAAAUGGACUACGUAAAUGCGCCUGGAAGGAACCAUCUUUUUGUUCCGGGACCUGUCAAUAUCCCGGAUCAAGUUAUCCGUGCAAUGACCAGGAACAAUGAGGACUAUCGCUCCCCGGCUGUUCCAGCACUGACAAAGACUCUACUUGAGGAUGUGAAAAAGAUUUUCAAGACUACCAGUGGGACUCCAUUUCUGAUCCCAACUACAGGGACUGGAGCUUGGGAAAGUGCACUUACCAACACGCUGUCUCCUGGUGAUCGGAUCGUGUCUUUCCUCAUUGGCCAGUUCAGUUUGCUCUGGAUUGAUCAGCAGCAGCGUCUCAACUUCAAUGUUGAUGUUGUGGAGAGUGAAUGGGGGCAAGGCGCAAAUCUUGACGUUUUGGCUUCAAAGCUAGCAGAGGAUACAGCGCAUACCAUCAAGGCUAUUUGCAUUGUACACAAUGAGACUGCAACUGGAGUUACGAACAACUUGGCUACUGUAAGAAAAUUGCUCGAUCACUAUCAGCAUCCAGCUCUCCUCCUUGUUGAUGGUGUGUCCUCCAUUUGUGCGAUUGAUUUCCGCAUGGAUGAAUGGGGUGUUGAUGUGGCAUUAACUGGUUCACAGAAAGCUCUGUCUCUUCCUACUGGUAUUGGAAUUGUCUGUGCAAGCCCCAAGGCUCUUGAGGCCAGCAAAACUGCAAAAUCAGUGAGGGUUUUCUUUGACUGGAAGGACUACUUGAAGUUCUACAAGAUGGGGACAUAUUGGCCAUACACUCCUUCCAUUCAACUUCUUUAUGGACUGAGAGCAGGCCUCGACCUUCUCUUUGAGGAAGGACUUGAUAAUGUGAUUGCAAGGCAUACUCGCCUAGGUACUGCAACAAGGCUUGCAGUGCAGGCGUGGGGCUUGAAGAACUGCACCCAAAAGGAGGAAUGGUUCAGUGACACAGUCACUGCUGUGGUUGUUCCUUCAUAUAUUGACAGUUCAGAAGUUGUCAAAAGGGCAUGGAAACGCUACAACUUGAGCUUAGGUCUAGGCCUUAACAAAGUGGCAGGGAAGGUCUUUAGAAUAGGGCAUCUUGGUAAUUUGAACGAGCUGCAACUACUGGGCUGUCUCGCUGGAGUGGAGAUGGUACUAAAGGAUAUUGGUUACCCAGUGAAGCUUGGCAGCGGAGUUGCAGCAGCUUCUGCCUACCUGCAAAACACCACUCCCAUGAUUCCAUCCAGAAUUUAAUUCAAGUGUGUUAUACUUGCAUGUAUUUGUUUCUUUCAUCUUGUUCAGGGUACUCUGUAAAAACUACAUACUUUCUUUAUGCAGUAUUUGAAAUAAUGUCAUUAAACUCUGGUUUACUGCACA